ACUAAACGGCACAUCCCUAGUGUGCGGUAGUCCAGCCGCGAGAGUAAAAACAGCUGAUGGGUAGAAUUGGGCACCUAUUGGAAUUUUAGUUUGAAAAUGAUUUAAGCACGAGCGCACACUUAAAUUUUACGUUUAAUUGUGCCACAUUGUGCGCGCCAACGGAAAUAAUGUUUAAACGGACGUUCAAAGUGGUUUAUCGGCCGAUUAGAAACAAUUUUUUGCUACUACCUGAUCAAUACUACGGUGUCGUUUCAACUUACGAUACUGGCUGCCUGAGUCUUCAGUACAAUGGUCGUGUGCAUUACGCUUCAUGGGCGCCGCAGGCGGGCGGCGGUGGCAUCAAAGACACCGAAAUUGGGAUCAAUGCCAGGGCGGCCAAGGAGCUCGGUCUGCAUGAGAAUGAUUUGGUCAAGUGCGCCCUCAUCGCUGACGUUCUAAAUCUGCGCAGCGUUCACGUCACGCCCGUCUCGGCCAAAGAUUGGGAGAUCAUUGAGCUAAGUACAGAGAAAAUAUCUGGAAGCGUACUGGAACAAACGCGUAUUGUAAACUCGUCACAAAUCUUGCUAGUUUGGAUUAACAAGUCGAUGCAAGUGGCGCUGACAGUGGACCGGCUAAAGCCGCACAUAAGCUAUGGACGUCUGGAUCACAAUACGCAGCUGGUUGUGGCGCCAAAUCUGUUCCAAGGUCUGAUCAAUGGCGAUGACAAUGAGAACGCUGAGGAAAAUAAGAAAUUGUCACGCAGCAAGACUAGUGCGCAAGUGCGGGACGAAGUGCCAACGUCGCCUCCAGCGCUCGUUCACUCCGCAACGAUGGGCAAUGUGAAGAACACUUUGCAACGUAACAAGCGCCAGGAUCAUAUGGAGCGUUUGAAGAAGGAUUUGCGACGCGAGAGUUCGCGUGCCUUUGAGUUUCGGGUCAUACGUGGAUUGUGGCAUGAGCAGGCACAGGAAUCGGACGUGUACAUAACCCAAUCGCAUUUGCCCGAAUUCAUGGAUCUGGAGCAGUUCUACAGUAUGCGCACUGCUGGCGAGAAGGAGUACUACGUGCGUGUGCGUCUGGCCAGCGAUGAUGACGAUGAUGAGUUGCCAGCUACCAUUCAUCCCUCCAUCGAGCUAAAUGCGAAUCUGAUGAAGCUAUUGAACAUUAAGGAACUGGAGCGAGUUGUCUUGCGGCCUAAGACAACCGUUAUGAACUUUGUGGAAAAGAUUGAGUUGUUUGCGCACAAGAAGACGCAUUACAAGAUCAUUGAGAAUGCAUUUAAGCGGUUCGUAAUCGAUAGAACACGAAAGGCGCCAGUGUUGUUCAAUCAGGAGGAAGUAGUCCGCCUGGAGGACGAUCUGCUGGUCACAGUGGGCAUAUUGCCAGAACACUUUCGCUAUUGUGUAGUGGAUGCACAGUUCCUAAAGGAAUCGAAAAUCUAUGCUGCCGACUUAGUGCGUCCUGUGCAUGAAAUUAUCAAGGAGCAACCGCCGGCAGUUUCGCCACUGAGUGUCAAGGACUUGAUACGACUGCCAGAAUACGACAAGAUUCUAGAUCAAGUAGUCAGUGAGCUGCGCAUGAAUCUGUGCCUCAACUCCCAGAACUCAGUGCUGCGCCAGGGAAAUGUGCUUCUGACUGGUGCCGCUGGCACUGGCAAAACGGUCCUCGUGGAGCGCAUACUGGAGCAGUUGUCGGGCAACCCGGACUACUGCUACUUUGAUAUCUUCUACUGUUCGCGCAGCAAAGGACGCAAAACGGAGUCCAUACAAAAGGACUUGCGUAACAUAUUCACCAACUGCCUUCUGCAUGCACCGGCUAUUGUGGUCCUGGAGAAUCUAGAUGUGCUAGCCCAUGCUGCGGCAGAGCAGUCGAGCCAGGACGGCGAGUACUUUAACCGCAUGGCAGACACUGUGCAUCAGCUUAUCAUGCAGUAUACUAGCAGCAAUGCCAUUGCUGUCAUUGCCACAGUCAGUGAACUGCAGACGUUGAACAAGCGGCUCAGCGCGCCACGUGGUCGGCAUCUGUUCCAAACAAUUGCGCGGCUGCCCAGCUUAGAGCGCGCCGAUCGUGAGAUUAUACUGCGCGAACUAUGCAGUCAUAUCGCAACCAAGGAAUUGGAUGUGGUCAAGUUCUCUAAUCUAACGGAGGGCUAUCGGAAAUGCGAUCUUGUGCAGUUUGUGGAACGCGCCAUUUUCUACGCUUAUCGCAUUAGCAAAUCACAGCCGCUGCUUACUAACGAGGAGCUCAUAGAAUCCCUAGAGCACACGAAUUCCUACUGCCUGCAGGGCAUUCAAAGCAAUCAAAAGACUGGCGCCGAAACUAACACCAAUGAAAUGCGCGUGGAGGACCUACCUGGACUGGAAGCCGUGGUCAGCGUGCUCGAAGAGGUGCUCAUGUGGCCAUCAACGUAUCCCAGUAUCUUCAGCUGCUCGCCUUUGCGUAACCAGGCUGGCGUGCUCCUUUAUGGGCCACCGGGCACGGGUAAAACGUUUUUGGUGUCUCAGCUGGCUAGCAGCUGGAGUCUGCGUAUUAUAUCGGUGAAGGGUCCUGAGUUGCUGGCCAAGUACAUUGGCCAAAGCGAGGAGAAUGUACGCAAUCUGUUUAACAGGGCGCGUAGCGCCAAGCCGUGCGUUCUCUUCUUCGAUGAGUUUGACAGUUUGGCCCCGAAGCGUGGCCACGACUCCACGGGCGUGACAGAUCGUGUGGUCAACCAGUUGCUCACCGAGCUGGAUGGCGUGGAGGGACUGCAGGGCGUUACUGUCAUAGCAGCUACAUCGCGACCUGAACUGCUCGAUCCAGCGCUGCUGCGCUCGGGACGCAUUGAUCGCCUUGUAGAAUGCCCACUGCCGGAUGCAGUGGCGCGCGUUAGCAUCUUUGAGGCACUGAGCUCGACGUUGAAUCUGGAUGAAUGCGUCGACUUUGAUUGGUUUGCGGGCAGAACACAAAACUACACUGGCGCCGAUAUACAGAGCAUUCUGACCUCGGCGAACAUGGCAGCGGUUAAGCAGGCGCUGGCACAAUUCGGACAUGAGAAGCUGCCAAAGAAAAUUUUAGUGAAGCAAAAACAUCUCAUCGAAUCCUAUCAAUCGACUCGCCCAUCGCUCAGCGCCGCCGACGUAUCCAAAUACAAGAAAACAUACGCUCGCUUUACUAACAAGGAGAAGAGCUCCAGGGAAUUUGUGGCCAAGCGAGCCACAUUGGCAUAGACUAACCGAAGCUCAAGGGAGAUAAUUAUAAGGUUGAAGUUCGGUUAUAUAGAAUGCGAUUUUGGCGUGUUUAU